UCCGUUCUACAUUUUGGUCAUUUGGACCGUCUCAGUACUUCAUAUAAUUAGCGUAAGUUGUGAUUAGGAUGUGCAAAGAGGGAAUAGGGUUUUGUUGUAGACAAGAAGAAGCAGGAGAUGGAAAAUAAUAAUAAUAAUGGUGUUGGAUCUUCUUCUUUGGAUUUCACUGGAUCAUUGAAGCCAUUUGUUGAAGCAGGAAUAGCAUCACUUCUCACAGAAUUCUUCUGUAAGAUGAUGCCUCUUGGUGUUGACUGGGUCGUGGCAUCAGGAGCUAAAAAUGAGGAGCUCAUGAAGCCACUGAAUAGCCGUAUAAAUCUCAAGACUCAGCUCAAGAUUUAUCGAGCUACUUGGCCAAUUUGCUUUUCACUUGACACUAUCACAUUUGGAUCAUUUGAGAGUUUGACUAGAAAAGCAAUUGAUUCCAAUGAAGGCAGACCACUUAGUUUCUACCAGGAAAUUGGUUGCGGCCUGCUUGCUUCAACAAUCGGGUUCUAUGCAACUGCUCCAUACAUUUCAGCCAAAAAACUUAUGUGGGCUGAUUCAGGUCUACCAGUUGAAAAACGUGUUAAUUACAGAAAUAUUUAUGAUGCUUUCCACCGAAUUAGUACCAAGGAAGGGAUUUCAGCAUUAUGGACAAGAAAUACAAGCAUGGCAAUCCCAUUUAUACUGUCUAGAACUGCUAUGUUUGCAUCGUAUCAUCGAAGUCUUGGUUAUUUUGAGGGCUUAUAUGGUUCAGAUGGAACUAGAGCAUGUUUUGCCGCAGGUGCUGUGUCAGGGUUCUUUCAAUCAAUCUUCUUAUUACCCCCUGUUAACGUUGGCAUGCGAAUGAGAACAAUGAAACCAAAUUCUCAAGGAAAAUACCCGUACACAAGCUACUUGGACUGUCGCUUGAAAAUAUUGAAAUUUGAAGGGCUAUUCUCUCUUUAUGGAGGAUUUCUAUGGUCAAUUCCUGUUUCAACAAUGCCAAUUAUGAUGAUGUGGUGGAAUUUAAAAGAUAUAAAAGAGUUUGAAGAGCAUUUUUAAACAGGUAAAAAGGUGAGGUGUAGACUGAAUUUGAGAUUUAAAUAACUUGUUUUAAGCCUGGGCUUGUUGUUUCAUAUCCUUCACAAGAAAAACUAUGUAACUUUUAAACUAUUGAGUAGGAAUUCAAGAUCUGCAAGCCAGGUUUCUAUAUUCUCUCAAUCUAAUAUGGUUAUAGUUUGUUUGUUU